CGCGGGUUGGGCACGUCACGUGCUGGAUGGCAUGCUUUUUCAUCGCGGUUCCCUCGCAGAAGCGCGUGUAGCUUUCUUUAGGAAAAUUUCUCAAGAAAAAGUACUGAUUUGUCGACAAACAAGUCGUUGUCCGAUAGGCGUUAAAAUGCUUAAAAAACACACAUUUUACCGUUGUAUCUUCUGGAAACUCGGGGACAAUUUUAUCAAUUCCCUGACAACACUGACAGUGCGCAUGUCUGCGUUUUGGGUCUGAGCUUGUUUUUGUUUGUGUUGCAAGUCCCAUGCCAUAUUUGUUAUUUAAAAAAUGUAGAUUACAAACACAACCACGAUGUUGUUGUAUCCAAUGUGCUCGAUAUUCCGUAAAUUAACAUAGUCCUUUACCCAUGUUUUAUUUAAUGACCAUCACUGAGGGGCUGAAACAAGGAUAUGAGGCCGCCGAAGUACCGACGGAAGCCCUUGCACGAGAUUGCCCCAUCAGGCACGAGACAGGGGGGGACGUCCGAACUGUGUACCCAAGUACGACUUGCAAGGCCCAGAUUCAACCCAGCUGCAACCUUCUCGGAUUAAAUUUGGACCUCGUAAAUGGACGCAGAUUGCAAAAUGACAGUGAAGCAGCAGAUAACAUGUACGAGCGAGACCCCAGCCUUCCCGCCGGAGAGAGCGCGGAGGAGGAGACAGAAGACAGCAUCAUGUCCCCCAUCCCCGUCGGGCCCCCGUCCCCUCUGCCCAACAACCAGGACUUCACCCCCAAGGAGGGCUCCCCCUACGAAGUCCCCGUCUACAUUCCUGACGACAUUCCCAUCCCCGGCGACCUGGAGCUCAGAGAGUCUUCCGUCCCCGGGGCAGGCCUCGGGAUUUGGGCCAAAGCCAAAAUCAGGCUUGGGGAACGGUUCGGACCCUACAGCGGGACGCGGAGCGCCGCGGUCAAAGAGACCACUUUCGGAUGGGAGCAAAUGCUAAAUGACCAUGAAGUAUCCACCCAGGACAACAGCAUCAAAAAGGCUGUGGGUGACAUGGACAAUGUGAAGUUCUGCGUAGACUCCAGCCUGGAAGGCACCGAAUGCUGGGUAAAAUACGUGCGGACUGCCCCGUCCCUGGAGGAGCAGAACCUGGCGGUGUGUCACCUGAGCGAUGAACAGAUUUAUUAUAAAGCUAUUAGGGAUAUUGAAGUGGGGGAGGAGCUUCUGGUUUAUAUGAAGGACGGAGUUUUUCCCGAGGGAACCAUGGCGCCUCACCUAGAAGACGAGCCCAUGUACCGCUGCGAGGACUGCGACGAGCUCUUCCCCUCCAAGCCGGACCUGCGGCGCCACCAGAAGUACUCCUGCAGCAGCGCCGGCUGCCUGUUCGACGCGCUGGGCGACGACUUCAAGCAGGAGCGCGAGGACAGCGACGGGCCCGUGCACGAGUGCAAGGACUGCGAGAAGAUCUUCCCCAACGAGUACAGUCUCGGCCAGCACAUGAUCGUCCACACGGAAGAGCGCGAGUACAAGUGCGACCAGUGCCCCAAAGCCUUCAACUGGAAGUCCAACCUCAUUCGCCAUCAGAUGUCACAUGACAGUGGCAAGCGGUUCGAGUGCGAAAACUGUGACAAGGUCUUCACAGACCCCAGUAACCUGCAGCGUCACAUCCGCUCGCAGCACGUGGGGGCCCGCGCCCACACUUGCCCAGAAUGUGGCAAGACCUUCGCCACCUCCUCUGGUCUCAAGCAGCACAAGCACAUUCACAGCAGUGUCAAACCUUUCAUCUGUAAGUGCCGGCCUCCUUGUCUAAGCCUCAGAUAUAAUAGCGAGUGUCCAAAGGCCUUCCGUCUAUCUCCACCCCAACCCAGUGACAGCUCUAAUUUUAUAGGUGAGGUGUGUCACAAAUCCUACACCCAGUUCUCCAACCUCUGCCGCCACAAACGAAUGCACGCAGACUGUCGCACCCAGAUCAAGUGCAAGGACUGCGGCCAGAUGUUCAGCACUACCUCCUCCCUCAACAAGCACCGGCGCUUCUGCGAGGGCAAGAACCAUUACGCCCCCGGGGGCAUGUUCACGCCGGGCAUCCCCAUGACCUCCAGCCCCAUCAUGGGCAAGUCCAAAUCCCACCAGGGCCUGAACCACGUCGGCCUGGGCUUCAGCGAUUACUUCCCCUCGCGCCCGCACGCGGGCCUGCCCUUCUCCCCGACCCCGCCGGCCUUCCCCACGCUCUCGCACGGGUUCCCCGGCAUCUUCCCCCCGUCGCUGUACCCCCGGCCCCCCCUCUUACCCCCGAGCCCCCUCCUGAAGAGUCCCCUCAACAGCAGCCAGGACGGGAAGCAUCCCAGGGGCCCUCUGGACCCCGGCGGCCUCCACGUGGUCUCCUCUCUCAACAACAACGGCAACGGCGGCCACGGCAACCAGCUUGACGACAAGGCCGAGUCCAAGCUGGACGCCUCCUACCCGAACAGCAAGUCCAAGGUGAAAAUGAGCGACGUGUCGGACGGGAGCGACCUGGAGGACGUGAACACCACCAGCGGGACAGACCUGGACACCACCACGGGGACGGUGUCGGGGUCGGACCUGGACAGUGACGCCGAGAGCGACCGCGACAAGGGCCGGCGGAAGGCGGCGCAGGAGCCCAAGCAGGACGACGUGAGCAGCAGCUCGGUGUCCAUCUCCAGCUCGGGCAACCUGCCCUGCGACCGGCCGCUGCUGGCCUCCCACCACUCCUUCUUCCCGCCGCCCGACGAGCAGGCGCUGCCGCCCUCCGGCGCCGCCACCGACUCCAUCAAGGCCAUCGCCUCCAUCGCCGAGAAGUACUUCGGCCCCGGCUUCAUGGGCCUGCAGGAGAAGAAGAUGGGCUCCCUGCCCUACCAUUCCAUGUUCCCCUUCCAGUUCCUGCCCAACUUCCCGCAUUCCUUGUACCCCUUCACAGACCGCGCCCUGAACCCCGGAAUGUUCUUCAAGGCGGAGCCCAAGUCUCCCAGGGAGCCCCUGCAGAAGAUGGGGGUCCCCGGCGCCGAGUCGCCCUUCGACCUCACCGUCAAGCCCAAGGAGGCCAAGCUGCCGGUGCCCGCCAGCAAGCUGGCCCCGCCCACCAGCACGCCCCUCCUGUCGGGGGAGGAGCCUCUGGACCUCAGCAUCGGCAGCCGGAGCCGGGCCAGCCACAACGGGGGCACCCCGGAGAAGCGGAGGAACCACGUGUACGGCGGCGGAAAGGGGCUCCCCAAGGACGAGCACCCCGCCCUGCCCCCCCAGCACCACCACCACCCCCACCCCCACGUCCUGCACCAGCCCCUCCCCCAGCACCAGCAGCCCCUCCCCCAGCCGGCCCCGCCCCAGCAGCAGCCCUCCCUCCAUUACGCCAAGCCCUCUCCCUUCUUCAUGGAUCCAAUCUACAGCAGGGUGGAGAAGAGGAAGCUGAUUGAUCCUGUAGGGGCACUGAAAGAGAAAUACCUGCGCCCCUCCCCCCUGCUCUUCCACCCGCAGAUGUCCGCCAUCGAGAACAUGACGGAGAAGCUGGAGAGCUUCAGCUCCCUGAAGCUGGACGCGCCCGGCUCCCUGCAGCACUCCUCGCAUCACCUCUUCAACUUCCGCUCGCCGCCCCCCUCGCUCUCCGACGCCAUCCUCCGCAAAGGGAAGGAGCGCUACACCUGCAGGUACUGUGGGAAAAUCUUUCCCAGGUCAGCUAAUCUUACCAGGCACUUACGAACACACACAGGGGAGCAGCCCUACAGAUGUAAAUACUGUGACCGGUCCUUUAGUAUCUCCUCGAACCUCCAGCGACACGUGCGCAACAUCCACAACAAGGAGAAGCCCUUCAAGUGUCACCUGUGCAAUCGCUGCUUUGGCCAGCAGACGAACCUGGACCGCCACCUCAAGAAGCAUGAACACGAGAACAUCCCAGUGAGUCAACAUUCUGGGAUCCUUUCGAAUCUGGGAACAAAUAUCUCCUCUCCAAACUCGGAGACAGACAAUCAUGCACUUUUAGACGAGAAGGAGGACUCCUACUUCUCAGAAAUCCGGAAUUUCAUUUCCAACAGCGAACUGAACCAGGCGUCCAGCUCCACAGAUAAAAGGCCAGACCUCCAGGAAGAGGAGCGCCCACAGAGCCACGCCUUCCCCAACUCCAAGCUGAGCGGGCGGGCGGCGGAGGAGGAGGACGAGGAGGCGGAGGGAGACGACGAGGACGAGGACGGGAGCCUGACGGAGAAGUCGCAGGACGAGGCGGCGUCUCCGGCCGCCCUGCCGCAGGGAACCUUCGAGGAUGAGGAGGAGCCGGCGUCGCUGUCCAUGAGCUACGAGCACACCCGCAGGUGUAUUGAGGAGGAGGAUGCAGGGCUCUUAGACCUGGACCCCCUCCCGAGCUUCAACAAGGGCCUGGACCUCCAUAAGGCCACAGAGGAGCCCUUUGAUGUUAAAGACAUAUUUAACACUUCCUUAGAGUCGGAGGCUCUCAAAGAGACGCUGUACAGGCAGGCUAAAACACAGGCUUAUGCAAUGAUGUUGUCUCUGUCUGAAAACAAUCCUUUGCACGCAUCCUCCCAGAAUUCUCUGGAUGCUUGGCUGAACAUGGGAGGGGGCACCUCGGAGACCAGCAGCUUUCACCCGCUCAAUCACAUCUAAGAGAGAGGGUGUGCGUGAGAGAGAGAGAGAGGAAGAUGGGGAGAGAGAGAGAAAGAGAGAAAGACAGACCACAUGAAGGACAAUGUGACACCAGGAGGAGAACACAAAGGACCUGGGGCUCCUUCCCUGUGUGUCAGUGGCCAGAGAGAGGCAAAGAGGCAGCCCUGCUCAUCCCUGUCAAUCAGACAGCCCCGCCCACCAGCCACCACCCUGAUCUCAGAUCAGCCAAUCAGCCUCAGCCAGGUCAGGCCGAACAGGAAGGACAAAAAAAAAACACACACAAGUAGUCGCCACAGCAACUGCAUCCAGAAGGCCUGCACUAGUCAAGGGGGAGGCCAAUGCAAUCAACUAAUGAAACUGGAACUCCAAGGCAGCAGUAAGGUGUUUGUAAGAAUAAAAACAGUAUGUUGAACACAGGGUUUGAAAAGAGGUUAGUUGUCAAUGACAAAAAACAAAAGCUGUAGUCACAUCAUGGAUGUGAAAAUUGGAGUUCAAGUUUAAAGGAAGUCUGCCGUGAGCAACAGUACCGUGUACUCUUCUACCAAUAUCCCUAAAUCAAAAUGAAUGUAAUAUGCUCAUUUUUCUUCUGGUGCCUCCCAGUAGACACCAGCAAAGAGAAGGAUACAGUUCUUCUGAGCUACAGUUCCACUGUACAUUCCCCUCACAGUCUUAGCAAAGCUGCUUCUGCAGACCAUCUUUAAUGAGUUUUCAUCAGGCACAUUCCCUGCUCAACAUCCCAUUCAGUAACAAUCACAAAACCAAGGACAUCAACAAAGCUCUGGCUUGAAAAAAAAAGUUAAGUACUGAGGGUUCUGGAGAAGCUCACUAACAAUGAUGUAACUGAACAAACUUUCCAAAAAACAUUCAGCGUGAUUCUCAAAAUAGGACAGGUUAGGAAUUUCAAAUUUGUUUGAAAAUAUAUCAAUUUAGAAUUUAAAUUAUUACCCAUUGGGGCCAAUAGUAAAAAUAAAAAAUAAUAGUAAAAAAAAAAAAGGAUCUUUCUUCCUCAUUAAAUUCAAAUUCAUUUUUUAACUCAACAUUUUUUGUAUGUUAUUUGUUCUAUAAAACAGUAUUGUUUCUUUUUUAGGCACUGCGGUGCUAAAAUGCUAAUAUAAUUAUUUAGUGAAGGACCAAAAUUGUAUGAUAUUGUUCUAUGUUGUACAAAAUAACCAGGACGUACGUAGCAGGAGUGAUGUGUGCCAAAUAACCCAUAGAAAAUGUUUUGUUUUCUGACAAUCAUUUCUUUUUGAAGGGUUUUUUAUUUGCUGUUGUAGUUUUGUUGUUAUUGCUUUCUUGUAGGUUUGUUUGAUUUGAUGGGUUUUGUGUAUCUUAUUUAUUUUGGUUGUUUUGUCAUUGUUGAAGAAGUGACAAAUGAAAAAAGAAAAGAACUCCCUUUUUAUCCCACUUGAGUUUUCUGAAGGAAAAGUGUGUAAAACGGAAGCUGUAACCGAGAUUGUGAAUCUCAGAUAUCGAUGCUGUCGUGUAGAGACCAGUGUGCCAAAUUUUAAAAGAAAUCGUGAUACCAUCUGCUUUAUUUAUGACGAGAAGUUAGUUGUAGUUCAGCUCUUGCUUUGCAAUUAGUGUUCUUUGUGAGGUUUGGUUUGUCUUGCUGCAGUCCAACAAUUUCAUACUGUAUGCAGGGUGUUUUGUGUGUAAAAAAAAAGGUUUAGGUUUUAUUGUAGCCAUUCUUGGACACAUUCACUUAGGAACUGGUGUAAGGCCACUUAAAAUGUCAGGUGACCUGAAUGUCUGGGCAUUGCAUUUUAUAAGUAAUCUGCAGUAUGUAAAAUAAGAUCAUGCAUUUUACACCCUCUCUACUACUUUCUUAAUCCUGUUCCAGCAGUACUGUGAUCUGUGGUUGCACAACCAGUUUCAUGGUUUGUGCUUUUAUUCUGUAAUUAAUAGUUACAUUCAACAAACAUUCACCUUAUAGAAAAGCAGUAACAUCCGACUGUGGGACAACACAAAGAGACGGCAUGGACAGGGUUUUUUUUUUUGUUUUUUUUUAAGCUGUCAACUUCAACCUGUAUAAUUAUCCUUUUCAAUAUAUUCCACACAGGUCUGUCAUAGUGCACAUCUUUUGUAAUAUUAACAGAUCACUGCAAAACUGAUCAUUGUAUAUGACUGUUCACUUUUGACUGUGUACAACGCAAGGACCGCAGCAGAAAAGAACAGUAGGGCACAUAUGUACAUGUGUGUGUGGCAUUCAAUGAGAGCUGUGCCGAUCCUGAUUGGCCAUCUCAGGAAGGGCGGGUGGGCUUUGGACAGGCCCCGCCCAAGGGCAGCAUUUGGUUUAUCCUGUUGCUAGGAUUCCAGGUGUCCAUCCAUCCGUCAGUUAUCAGUAGGGUCCCAGCACAGCACUUAUACAGAACUGUGAAGCCAGUGAGUUAAUCCUACAAGGGGAAAACAAGAGCAACUUGUUUGCAACAAACGAGUCUGUGCGGACAGUUAAACGAUAAGCUUUAUGUCAGCGUCCUUGGUCUGUUGUAGUCCCUCAGCAAAACAGCAUCACUUGAAAAUAUUUGGAGAAAUAACAGAGGUUGUAAUGGUUUUUGUGUCCUAACCUCCCCCAUAGCUUUCAUUUGAAGUCAAUCAUUCCAUACACCCAUUUCAGUCAGUGCAAAACUUGUAUAGCACUUAACUUUUGUGAGCAUUUGUGUCACAAUCAGCCACUGGAAUAUUCAACAUAAGUGUGCUCUGUUACCUUGAUGCUGGUCACGUUAAGAGAUUUCAGGAUGAGGCUGACUUGGUUCAAACAAGCACUUUAUCUCUUGGAGAAAAAUGCCUGCAGAUGCUGUAUAAGGUGGAUGUAAUCAAAAGUCAGAGUACUGACUUGAACAUACCCAGCAAAGCAAAAAUCUGUUUGUACAUUUUUUCCUGAAGUACGAACAUUAAAAUGUAAGCCUCCUGACUGUCUUAGAAAGUUGUAGAAAUAUCUCUCUGGAGAGAUACAAGCUGCAAAUGUUCGAAUGGCAAAUGCUUUCAGGCUGAGUAACAUAAAAUGUUCAGAACUCUCUCUCUCAAAACUCUCUGAAUGAUCUACAGUUCAUGAUUUAAUGUGUUGGGUAGCAAAAUGGGUGAUUUAUCUACCAGCAAAGACUUUUCUAAAACUGAAGCACUGUAGUAAACAAAUGUGCCAGCAGGUGGCAGGGUUGUAUCAGUUUUAUUUCAUGCAUAAAGUCAGGCAACCAAUGGACAAAGUAGUAGAAGCAGUCUUCACAAGAUUUGAAAUGGGUAUAUAUAUAUAUACAUUAAUUUGCAGUAUUUUAUUAUAUGCAGAGGCAUACUUUGAUGAAUAAAUGUGUGGGGGAAAUUAUAUCUUGGGUAACUUCAUGUCACAUACUACUGUUGUAAGUGUGCGCUGUAGGUUAUAGAAUAAAUGAUUCAAAUAAGGAUCACAUUGCCAGCUAUUUUAAGGAACUAAUGAAGGGUCACUGACUUAAUAACUUGACAUGGUCACUGUUCUUUCCCCUCUGUUACAGUACAAACUAAGAUAAAAUGGUUUCGUUUAAACUGUAUAGUAUUCCGAAAGCAAAGUUGCAUUUGUCUGAAAAUUCAUUAAAAAUAUAUGGGUUUAAAAUGGAUGGUGCUUGUUUCAUUUUGGAUUGGAAUUGUAUAUCGCCUCUGUUAUGUUUAUUAAAAAAAUAAUGUGCAUGACUUGUGUUUAGCAGUCAUAAUGGUGUCCAUUUGUGAAAUGUGUAUCUUAAAUUUUAAAAAGAGUAAAAAAAAAUUAAAAAUAAAAAAAAAUCCGUAGAUGCACUUAUUGUACAUGUGGUUAGGUUAGUAGAUUUGAGACUUAAAGUCCUUUACUGCCUUAAAAAAAACACAAUGGGCAGAUGUCUAUUAAAUAAAUACCAUAUGCUUGUGGGAGAGAAAUAAUGAAAAUCUGAGAAGAUUGUAGAAUAAUAUUGAAAACUGAAAUUGCGGUUCUUUUUGAUGCUUGUGAUUAUUGAAGAUGUACUUUAGAGAAAUUCCAUUGAAAAAAGAUCUCUGAUUCUGAUGUUAAUUCUGUAGAAUAGGAAUGUAUACCAAAUGUAAUCUUUCCAAUGCUAUGAAGAAUUUAUACAUGAAAUUGAUAUGCAAUAAAAACCUGUGUGCUUUUUAA